AUGGAAAUACUACGGAGGACUGGUCUGGUCUGCACUGUCAUCGUCGUCAUGGUUGCCUACGAGGUCGCAGGAGGUCACAGGGAUGAGUUUGCUCAAUCUCAAGCUGCCUUCCUGACCAGUCUGGGCCAGUAUGAAAUCGCCAUCCCAGUACGUGUAGGACCUAAUGGCGAGACGCUGGAAGCAGAAACGCCUCAACACCAACGAAGAAGAAGACGCAGCACUGAAGAAAAGCCUCCUGACUCUCUCUUCUACCAGCUGUCCACAUCACGUAACAACUUCAUGCUCAACCUGACGCUGCAGGGGGGCCUGCUGUCGAGGCAGUUCAGGGUCGAGUACUGGAAGAGGGGCCGAUUAGCCUGGAGUCACCCGUACUCUCCCCACUGCCACUACAUAGGACACCUGCAAGACCAGCCGCACUCCAGCAAAGUGGCCUUGAGCAACUGUAACGGCCUGCAGGGGGUGAUUGUAGCGGGGGGAGAGGAGUACCUGAUUGAACCCCUUGUCUCAUCAGAUAACCAGACCGGCAGAACGGAGAGGGGCGAGAGGGCAGAGGGGCGCCCCCAUGUGGUUUACAAGCGCUCAUCGCUUCGCCAUCAGUACAAGGGCCUAUCCUGUGGAGUCAUCGAUGAGAAGCCGAUGAAGGGGGCGUCAUGGUGGCAGCGGACGCUGAAGACGCCCCCCCACCACGUGGGUCGCGGCCAGCUGCCUCUGAAGCGCUCGGUCAGCCGGGAGCGCUACGUGGAGACGCUGGUCGUGGCCGAUAAGAUGAUGGUGGGUUACCACGGUCGCAGGGACAUCGAGCAGUACAUCCUGGCCGUCAUGAAUAUUGUUGCCAAACUGUUCCAGGAUUCUAGCCUGGGGAAUGCAGUCAACAUAGUGGUGACACGGCUCAUCCUGCUCAUGGAAGACCAGCCGACCCUGGAGAUCAACCACCAUGCAGGGAAGUCUUUAGACAGCUUCUGCAAGUGGCAGAAAAACAUCCAGCACCGGAGCAGCUAUGGGAACGCCAUUCCAGACAACGGGAUCGCACACCACGACACGGCUGUGCUUAUCACCAGGUACGACAUCUGCAUCCAAAAAAACAAGCCAUGUGAAACCCUAGGUCUGGCUCCUGUAGGAGGGAUGUGUGAGCCGGAGAGGAGCUGCAGCAUCAAUGAGGACAUUGGUCUGGGAACAGCCUUUACUAUCGCCCACGAGAUAGGACACACGUUUGGGAUGAACCAUGACGGGAUGGGGAACGCCUGCGGCCCCCGCAGCCAGGAGACCGCCAAGCUGAUGGCCGACCACAUUACUAUGAAAACCAACCCGUUCAUCUGGUCGGCCUGUAGCCGGGAUUACAUCACCAGCUUCCUGGACUCUGGUAUGGGCUCCUGUCUGAACAACGUCCCUGCCAAGCAGGAGUUUGUGUAUCCCACCACGGCACCAGGUCAGGCGUACGAUGCCGACGAGCAGUGCCGCUUCCAGUACGGCAUGAGGUCUCGACAAUGCAAAUACGCGGAAGUCUGCAGUGAACUAUGGUGCAUGAGUAAAAGCAACCGUUGCAUCACCAGUAGCAUUCCUGCUGCAGAGGGAACCAUCUGUCAGACCAACACAAUAGAGAAAGGGUGGUGCUACAAGAGGUUGUGUGUGGUGUACGGGACUCGUCCGGAGGGCGUGGACGGAGGCUGGGGCCUGUGGUCGCCCUGGGAGGAGUGCAGCAGGACGUGUGGAGGCGGAGUCUCCUCUUCUGUCAGACACUGUGACAGCCCCAGGCCAACCAUCGGUGGAAAGUAUUGUCUGGGGGAGAGAAAGCGUUUCAGGUCCUGCAAUAUCGAUGAGUGCCCUGCAGGCUCUCGGGAUUUCAGGGAGAUUCAGUGCUCCGACUUUGACAGCGUUCCUUUCCGGGGAAAAUUUUACACCUGGAAGCCAUACAGAGGAGGUGGAGUGAAGUCGUGUUCUCUCAACUGUCUGGCCGAAGGUUACAACUUCUACACGGAGCGAGCUCCAGCUGUGGUGGACGGCACGCCCUGCCGAGACGACUCCCUGGACGUGUGCGUAAAUGGGGAGUGUAAGCACGUCGGCUGCGAUCGCAUCCUCGGGUCUGACGUUCGCGAGGACCGCUGCCGGAUCUGCGGAGGUGACGGGAGCAGCUGCACGACUGUGGAGGGCCUCUUCAACGACUCGCUGCCCGAAGGAGGUUACGAAGAAGUGGUCCGAAUCCCCAAAGGAUCAGUGUUCCUCCACAUACAAGAGCUCAACAUCUCCCUCAACUACCUUGUGCUGAAGAGUAAAGGUGACCAGUAUUUCAUCAAUGGGAAGCUGACCAUCGACACACCGCGCAGGUUCGAAGUUGCCGGAACCACCUUUCACUACCGGCGGCCCACUGACGGACCAGAAACUCUUGAAGCUCUGGGGCCAACAAACAUGACCCUUAUCGUCAUGGUGCUGGUGAGGGAGGAGAACACAGGGAUCCACUAUCGUUUCAACCCUCCGCUCAACAGGGACCCGCUGAGCGGUUUCGCCUGGCACCACAACUCCUGGUCCCGCUGCUCCUCUGUCUGCGCCGGAGGUUCUCAGAUCCAGCAGGUGGUGUGCAGGAAGCAUUCGGAUCAUUCGGUCGUCUACAACCACUUCUGUGACAAGAAGAACAAACCCAAAGAGAAGAAGAGAUCCUGCAACACUGAGCCGUGCUCCCCAAGCUGGUGGACAGGAGACUGGUCGGAUUGCAGCCGCAGCUGUAACGGAGGCCUGCGGAGUCGGGAGGUUUUAUGUAAAAGGAGAAUCUCUGGAACAGAGGAGAAAGUCCUGGAUGACUCAGCCUGCACCCCCACUCGCCCCUCGCUCACUGAGCCCUGCAGCAACCACAGCUGCCCCCCCGAAUGGCUGGCCCUGGACUGGUCAGAGUGCACGCCCAGUUGUGGUCCUGGCUUCAGGCACCGUGUGGUCUUGUGUAAGAGCGGGGAGAGCGGGGACACGCUGCCAGAGUCUAAGUGUCCCAAGCACGGCCGGCCCACCUCCAGGGUGCGCUGUAACCUGCAGCGCUGCCCUCCCCCUCAAUGGGUGACGGGUCCCUGGGGAGAGUGCUCCGCUAAGUGUGGCCUGGGUCAGGAGAUGCGUUCAGUUCAGUGUCUGGCUCACACCAGCCAGCUGUCCAUGGACUGUCUGGAGCACCAGCGACCAGCAGCCAUGCAGCAGUGCAAGAGCAAAUGUGACCUCAGUCUGCCCGUCAGUACGGACAACCCGGAAGGCCGUAUGUCAGAGGAUCUCAGGGAGUCUUUGAACAAUCAAGAGUGUAAAGAUGUGAACACUGUGGCCUACUGCCCCCUGGUGCUCAGGUUCAAGUUCUGCAGCCGGCCAUAUUUCAGACAAAUGUGCUGCAAGACGUGCCAGGGACACUGACACCAUGAAGCCACGCAGCAUCCGUCUCCGGGUCGUGUACACACUCACACACAGUACGCCUGAGAACCCCCCACUGAGCCGUGUAGCAGCAGCUACCUCUGUCGGAGGAGUGAGAGACAGACCUACCCGCCGCGGUGCUGCCAGACUGACCUGGUCCUGUGUCUGGUCAGAUGGGACCUUUUCCAGACAGAAUCCAGACCAGACGCCUCUCUGGGCCGAGCCGGGCCACAAAACAGCCUGAGCGGAGUUUAAACAUUCCACUGGAGGCAGGGCUGCUGAGAGCUGGAGAGGCAGAGAGAGGGACAGACCUCCCUCCGUCGUCUUUUAGGAUGAACCCUCUCUCUCUCUGUCUCUCUAAACCUGCUCUCUCUUGUAAUAUUUUGGUGCUACUCAUAUUUCUCUUUGGCCACAGGACUGGUUGCAGGUUGUUUCUGACUCAGUGGCCUCAUUUUCUUAAACCUGUAUGUUUACAGGUGAUAUCGGAAUAGUUAUGAAUUAUAAAAAAACAAAAAAUCCACUUUGUAAAGAAAAUGAUUUUCCAAAUAUAUUUGCCCAUGAAAAGGAACAUGCUAUAUGAUGAAAUGUACGAUUUCUCCAUGUUAUCUGAUAGUUGUUACUUGAGCUCGUUGUUUUGUGUUAUUGCUUUGUUGUGUAUCAUCGUAUCCACCGCGUCCUCACUGUCAGUCAGCUGAAGUAUGAGUUUGAUUUGCACAGUGUCAGCAGCGAGAGGACGUGUGAAUUUAUGUCUGUUCUCGACUUGACGUCUACAUGGAAGCUACAACCGCCUCACUGCGGUGAACCUGCCGUACUCUUGCCGGUUUUUGGGUUUAAUUUGUUCACAUGUCUACACUACCUUCAGUAAUGUGAGCAGAGCCAGUGCUCACAUCACCUGGACUUUUUUUUUUUACAUUAUGGGAUGUUAUAUUGUGUUGUGGCUGCAGACGGUGGCUUUAAAAAGGAACUUUAACAGCUUAGUGUCAUUAUCUGAAUUUUUUUGUUUUAUUGGAAGAGAGUGUAUAGUUGCCACCUGUAACCCCUCACUCGCCAGCUCUUGUAACUCUUACCAUGAGUGGAAACUCAGAGCACAGUGAGACACGGCGAGCCAGCCUCUGCCAGCAGGAACAAGCCCAGUGUGGAGGAGUGACAACCUCUCACCGCACUGAUUUCAAACAGCCUUUAAUCCACAAAGCGCUAAUCUGAAGAUGGAUUUACACUCACAUAAAACAUCAGAUAACUUAGUGACACAGAUCACGGCUGCAUGAAAACAUUCAGAAUGCUGGGACACGCAGUUUUUAAAGGUUCAGUGUGUAGAAUUUAGUGACACCUAGUGGUGAAGUUGCGUGUUGCAGAAUGCCCCUCCCCUUCCAAACAUGAGAGAACCUGUGGCAGCCUUCAGUUGUCCUAAAAAGUCAAAAGUUGUUAAGUUUGUCCAGUUUAGGCUACUGUAAGAAACAUGGCGGCCUCCAUAGAAUGGAUCAGUUCCCGAUGCCAAUAUAAAGUGUUAAAAUGUUAAAGAAAACAACAAUUUGUACAAUUUAGGUGAAACACACUAGGUAAACAUCAAAAGGAUUAUUUUAAAUUAAAUGCCAAUAGAUUAAUCUCACAUGAAUCUUACCCACUGGACCUUUAAAUCAGAGCUUAUCUUCCUGCAUGUUAAUGUUAAACCUGUAAUAACUGGAUUUGAUUACCACAUUAACCUUUCAUCACCUUUUUAAUUUGAUAACAUGUCAUACAAAAAGUUCCUUAUUCCCACAUCCAAUAGUUACAGAGCAACUUUAUCUUUAAUUUAAAUUCCUGUUGGUGAAUCUGAAGUCCAAUAACCCUCAACUCCUCAGGGGAAUUAUCUGUUUUCAGCUGCUAAAUGCUACACUGUGUUCACAAUCCAGUGACUAAUUAUGUCCGUCAGCUUUUUGGUGCAGAGCAGGUAGUUUACAGUUGGUUUUUAGAGUUUUAUUUUUCUGAAAUCAGCUGUAAGGGCACAGUGAGAGUGAAGCAAAACACAGAAGUGGUGGAGUGAACAGUCAAAAAACAACCAAAACUCGGUAUGAACUUUAAAUUUAAUUCACUAGAUCCUACAUUUUCAGAUUUCACACACUAAUAAACAUCAGUUCACUAAACAUGGGUGAUUAUUCUUUCAUCAAGAUCCAUGAUCCAGAGCAGAACCACAGUUUAAGUGGUUCUUUCCAGACCCGUAACACAUCCUUCCACCAAGUCUCAUGGAAAUCGGCGUAAAAAUCAAACUAAUGCAGAUUCCUCGGUGGUGGUAAAUAUUGCUGAUCAUGUUGUUUAACAGAUCAACACAUUUAGGAUAUUGGUGGAUGCUGGAUUUAUAAAAACAACAAUCUGAAUAUCAUUUCAAAGACACUGACUAAUAAGGUUUCCAUGCUCUAGAGUAGGAUGGAUGUCACCUGACCUGUGGCACAGACUUCAUUCAGGAGUAGAGACGCAUUUAAAGUUGCUGUUUCAGCCGUUUCUCCAUCCUGCAGAGAGUAUUCUUAGAAAUGUCUGACAUCCAACGACAUCACUGCUCCCAUGUCCACUGUGCCCUGAAGUCUGAGCUGUGGCCACAGACACUCACACUGAUCACUUAGUGUCACAUCAUUUCAUUGUAAAGGGAGAAAGCUACAGCAUGUCUUUGUGGGGACGAGCUGCAAUCUUGUUCCUUUUUUUUCUUUUGGUGCUUUGGUUUGGUUUGGUGCUAUUACUUCACUGUUGUUGUCAUUGUUUCCGAGUUGUAGUUUUAACAGUUUAAUUGUUUAGAAAUCUGUUUGAGCCUGUUGUAAUGGAACCAGAGCUGGCCCUAGGCGGGAGAGUGCAGCUGCUCAGGGGCCCUCUGGGAUUGUCUGCUCAUUUUUAUCAUAAUUUCCAUUCCGUGACUCCGUUAAAGGGGCAGACACGUGCUCCAUCAAUGCAAUGUUCUUUGUGUUCAUUAUACAAAAUGAUUUCCAAGUGCUCCAACAGUCUUUUGGAUAUGUUCAGCUUUGGCCAGCCGAGCCAAUCCAAUGAAAUGUUCAGUCAAGUCGUGUCAUUAGAGUGUACAGCCGCCCUGCUGUUAUUCAGGACUGAAAAAGGUGGAAAUACUAUUUAUGACGUUUUCAGUUGCACAUUUUACAGUUUCAGAAGAUAUUUCAAAGAGUAAUUGCCAGAGAUCCUCCUGUUUCAGUGUUUUUCCCUCUAUCUACCUGGGCCUAUAAUAAAUGUUCACACUGAGCGGUGAACCUGUUGUCAGACUAAAUAAGAGGGACAGUAGACUUUUGUUUUUUCACAUGCUAAUUAUAACAUGACAUGUACUGUACGUUGUUAUAGAAGAUGAAACCAUUUGUCCCCUAUGUACAUCUUUUUCAAAAGGAAAUAUU